AUUACUACGUACUUCAUAGAUAAAUCGAAGUUGUCGAAACUAAAAUGAUAUAUAUGCGACUUUUUUUUUUAUACAUUUACGAGUACGGACACAAGCACUAUGGUAUCAGGAGAUUUUCCGAGCACACUGGCCAAUGUGACUUCAAGAAAUUUUUCGACUUCAACUAUAGAGCCAUAUGAGCGACCAUUCGGAGAUUUUGCAAUCUGGUUGUCCGCAUGCAUCAUAUUUACUUUCCUUAUUAUAGGAUUCAUUCUGAAUUUAUUGACAAUACUUGUAAUAUACAAGUAUCCAAAAGUGAGGAACUUGUUUGUGUAUUUUAUAUUUUCUCUCUGCAUUUCGGAUUUAAUAUCUGCUGUCAUUAGUCCACUUUUCUGGUAUCGAAGAACUCUGGGAUUUGAUGUCUGGGCGAUACCUGGUUUCUUCUGUAAGUUUUUCUGGGCAGCUGAUAUUGCAACGUCAUUUGCCACGGCAAUGCACAUUAUGACGUUCGGAUUUCUUCGAUAUUUUUCCAUCAAGUUUCCCAUUCUGUAUUACAGAAUCACGGACAGGAAUGCAAUUAUUGGCAUCAUCGCUAUAUGGUUUAUAAGCAUAAGUUGCGGAUUUAUUCCCUUCUUCAUAUUUUUCGGUGCACGAGUACGAGAUAGAUAUAGUGAUUCUGAAGACGCAAGAUGGCCAGCCUGUACUAUAAAUAUGGAAUGGUAUGAGCAGUACACGCUGUUUCAGAAGAUUGCUUAUCCGCUGUUUCUAUACGGUCCUCUUGUGAUGGUAGUAUUGGUUUCUGUGAUGAUUUCAUUCCAAGUAUACGCUACAACACAAACUAGAGCAGCCAAAUCAGCCAACGAAACAGCUUCAGUAAAGAGAAAGAAAAAAGAUAAACAAGCUGUCGGACAAUUGAUUCUUAUUGUUCUUUCGUUCCUUAUUGGAUACAUUCCUUUUACAGUGUACGAGUUUUGGUCAGUGCAAAGUCACCCAAACACGCGAUAUUACAAAGUUUUAGAUUAUUGGAUGGGAUUAUCAGAAUAUUUUUUCAUUCGGUUUUCUGAAUGCUUAAAUCCAAUAUUCUACAAUCUUGGAUCCAGUAAAAUGAGAAAUUGCACUAAGACAUAUUUAGAAGAAACCUUUGGAAAUACAGAAAUCAAACGAAGAAGAAGUAUUACAGCUCCAAUUUCAUCCAGAUCGAGAAACAACUCAGUAACAUAAAUUAUUAACAUAGUUAUGACAACAAUAAAAAAUGAAGCCAUUUUUUAUAGUGAAUAUAAUUAUGUAAAGCUGUGUUUGUUUGAAAAACUAUUUAUUUGAGAACCAAAAACAUGAAAAAAUAUUUUAUUCAAUUAAAUAGCGGCUUAAACCAUCCUAAAGCAAAAUAGAUUAGUCCAGGCUUUCACUUUCUGCGCCGCGGACCAUAAUUCGUGAACCUUUGUUUUGACGGACCUACAUCAUAUGCUGUAUCAAUUUCUCUGCCCAGCGAGGAACGAAGAAGGACAAUAUUUUAUUUACAACACUACAACAAAAACGAUAUUGAUGUGAUGAAUGAGGUGACUCCUCGACAUAUAUCUUGUUCUUUCAUUGAUAAGAGCUGAAAUGCUGCCUCACACAUGCAUAUCAUUGCAAAAAACAACACAAUUUUAAUUGCUUUACUUCUAACAAUUGAUAUUCGUCAGCAACGCUUGGCCAAAAAGAUACAAUGGAAUUUUGAUUGAAAUAAAUCAUUAAAGAUCGAUCAGACUCUUUUCAUAUGGUUGUGGACCACCUGUGCAGUCAUCAUGGACCCCCAGGGGUUUCUGGACCCUAGUUUGGGAAACCCUGGAUUAGUUCAUUCCUUAGGGAUUGUUUGUAACAACAACAACAAUUUGAAACGAUCUUCUUAACGAACCACUUCGUGAUCACUAAUUAGAAAGAAAUGAUCUGUCUGAUGAUCAUGCAUACAAUAUCCCUUCUACUUGCUAUGUCUUUCAAUGUUAUGUUACUCAAUAUUACUUAACAAUCACAGCGCCGUCCAAUAUAUAUAUAUAUACAAUAUCAAAUGUGUUUUAUAAUUUAUUUAUUCUCCUAUUUAACUUGAUAUACAUUCAUGUUCCAUUUUCAUCGUUUGAAAUUUUACCCUCUAUUUCGUAGUCAAAUUCAUAUUUCUUCUGUUUCAUUAAAUUUUCGCCGAACUAUAGUUUAUUUUUUCAAGAUAGAAAUACUGAAUGCGACAAUAAAUACAUUGGUAUUUUGAAAGUAGCUUCAAAGACUAGCAGUUAUUUAUAAUUGCAUGUGACGUUAUUUUAAAUUGCAUCUUCUGUGUCAAAGUAUGCUAUUGCGUGACAUGUGUAACUGAGUGACUGAAUUAGCUUUUUACCGACUGGCGGGACAUGCAUAUUAUUACGUAUUUUUGUAAUGGUGUUAUUUUUAAAGUUGUAUUGGGAGUCAUAAGAUAAAUAUUAGCAAGUGAUGGAAAAAGCCCACAGGAACUGGUCCAACGUUUCCAAAAUAUUAUUAGUCAAUUCGUCGAAGCCUGAUGGCGACAACUACGGGUACGAUAACGGAUUUGCAACAGCACUUGCGUUGAGAUUCAAGUCCAGCAGUUUUUUUUUUAUACAUAAUCAUUACCGUACGAUCCAAACCUGUAUGCUUUUCCGAUGUGUAGCAUGAUGGGCAAAUUAACAAGCCUGUAAAAAUACCUAUUCGUGUCGUGAUAUAACUAUCAUUCUAUUUUUUGAUACGUCUAUAUUUUCAU